AUGAAGACUGUUUUUUUUUUCAGAUCACCCGAACUGAUCACCAAACCACCGUUAUUGCUAAAAUCUCAAGCAGAUGUCACAGAUAACGUCUCGCUCAAACGUCAUGCUGAAGAGCAAGAUCGAAUAAUAGCACACGUAACGAAAUCGCCAGUGUAUCGCUCUAAAUUCAUCGGUUCAAUUGUGGACGUUCCAGUUGCGUUACUGUUACGUCAUGGACCAUUGGAUGUGGAAGUUUGUGAAGCCGUACCAAAAAUUCGAUUGCUCGGCUAUCCAGUAUCGUUGUCAUUUAUCGUCGACACAACAAAAGUGAAUCCUGCUGAUUUGUGUUUCGAUGGACUCGGUAUGUUGUUUUCGUAUUCUUUUCUUCGAUAA